AUGGAUGGUAAGAGUUGUUGGUUGCCAGAUGAAACAGAUGGCUACAUACUGGGCCGGGUGAUAAAAGUCAACAAUGGCGUAGCAACUUGUCGGCCUAUCUCUGGUAAAGGUCAUACAUAUGUCGCCAAUAUUCUUAUUGCCGUGAAUCCUUAUUACGAAAUCAAAGGACUCUAUUCACGACAGAUGAUUGAGACUUACAAGGGAAUGUCUUUGGGAACGCUUCCACCGCACCCUUUUGCUAUUGCUGACAAAGCUUUUCGUGACAUGAAAAUUCAGAAAGAGUCUCAAGCGAUCAUCGUGAGUGGUGAAUCGGGUGCGGGUAAAACAGAGACUACAAAACACGUUCUUCGGUAUUUGACUGAAGGCUAUGGUGCUGAUGCUGGUGUCAUCGAACAAAGAAUUAUUAACUCGAACCCUUUAUUAGAAGCCUUUGGAAAUGCCAAAACAAUGAGGAAUAACAAUUCCUCCCGAUUUGGCAAAUUCAUUGAACUGGCCUUUGACAAAAACAAUGCGGUCUCCGGUGGGUCUCUGGAGCACUACAUUCUCGAAAAGGGUCGCCUAGUUCGCCAGUCACCAGAGGAGAGGAAUUUCCAUUUCUUUUAUCAGCUUUUUGCUGGAGCUCCAAACGGUCUAAGACAAAAACUUGGACUUACCACCCCGGAUGACUUUCUGGUGCGUAGAUAUUUUUACCCAUUGCAGCUUUUUGCUAUCUCGAAUGAGCUCUGUUUCUUCCAACUGGUGACUUCCAGUAUUAUCAAACCCAUUUUAGAAACCUCUCUUAUCUCCCCACUUCGGAUAGGGAACCACUCCUUUUUCUGUCUGCAGUACCUCUCACGGGGCUGUACACGCUAUUUCCUUCAACCGCAGAACAGAAACGCGCUCUCGGAAGAUCGUUUGAGUCAUGACCAUAAGGACCAAGGACCUCUGCAUGACAUCAAAAUGGAUGAUCUUGAGGAUUUUAAGACUUCGAUCAAGGUCAUGACAGAAAUGGGCCUGAAUGAAACCACUCAGGAGUCGAUUUUCUCUAUCCUCGCGGGAAUCUUGCAUCUGGGAAAUGUGGUCUUUCAGGAAUCCCUGAGUACUCAUGGAGGGUGUACAAUCACAUCGCAGUCGCAGCCCUCCUUGAACAUGGCGUCAAAGUUGUUGGGCAUCGAUGCUGCGACAAUGGCUAAAGCCUUGACAACUAGGAUUACUGGAACGCUAGAUCUUACAAUUGCACUUCGGCUCGAGGAGACCUCGAAUGCCCGAGAUGGUCUUGCCAAAGUCAUAUACGACCGACUGUUUGAUCUUCUCGUCACCUCGAUUAAUAGAGCCAUUCCCCAGUCGAAGAAGUCAACCUACAUCGGCCUCCUGGAUAUUGCUGGUUUUGAACAUUUUGACGUGAACUCCUUCGAACAGUUCUGUAUCAAUUAUUGUAAUGAAAAAUUGCAACAAUUUUUCAACGAGCGAAUUCUCAGGGAAGAGCAGAUUGUCUACCAAAGAGAGGGUUUAAACGUCAGCAGUGUAUCCUACAUUGACAACCAGGACUGCAUUGAUCUUAUCGAAUCCAAGGAUUUUGGUAUUCUGGCUCUAUUGGACGAAGAAAGCCGUCUUCCAAACUCCAACAGUGAACACUUCACCAACGAAGUUCAUCGAUCCCAUGGCAACAAUCCACGUCUUACAGUUCCCAGAAGAGACAAGAAGUUCAAGAACCUUCGAGAUAGUGAAGGUUUCCUGCUGAGGCACUUUGCUGGAUCUGUCUGCUACACAACUACGGAAUUCAUAGCCAAGAACAACGACGCUCUUCAUCAUUCGCUUGAAGAACUUCUGCACUCCAGCUCAAACGAUUUUCUGCGUAAGAUGCAUAACCCCAAAGAAGUCAAGACGUGGACACUGAAGAAGUCGCAGUCGAACAUUGCUGGCAAAAUAAACUUCAUAAGUGUGGGAAGCAAAUUCAAGGGUCAAAUCAACGACCUCAUCACGAAACUGCGAUCCUCAGGUACCAACUUCAUUCGCUGUGUGAAACCGAAUUCCAACAUGGCAGAUCACGAAUUCGAGGGCGGUCCCUGCCUCCUACAGCUGCGCUUCUUCGGCCUCACCGAUGUGCUAAUGCUAAUGCAACAGGGCUAUCCGUCGAGGACCCAAUUUGGCGACCUCUACUCUGCUUACAAGCCCAUUCUGCCGCAGAAGUUGCGUCGCCUGGAGCCUCGGAUGUUCUUCAAGGCUCUAUUCCACGCGAUGGGAAUGAAUGACAAUGACUACAAGUUCGGUGUUUCGAAAGUCUUCUUCCGGGCUGGCAAAUUUGCGGAAUUUGACGAGAUUCUUCGAAUGGAUCCGGCCAAUCUCUCCAAGAUGGUAGAACGCGCUCGCAAGUGGAUUAUAUGCUACCGUUGGCGACGGGCUAUUUACACCGUGCGUAGCGUAGUUAAACUGCGGGAGAAAAUCGCCUAUCGACAGCGCAAUGCAGUGACCAUUCAGCGCCACACGCGUGGAUGGUUGGCGCGGAAACGUGUAAGCUGCUUCAUUCGGGUAAAUCGAGCCCUUCGAGGGAUGACGAAGGAGCUUGAGGAAGUACGAGAGGCCUACAAACACCUUCCAGAAUUCCAGGGUAAAGGAUAUGCCAACGUGGACCAGGCAAUGUUUGAAUUGCACGAACUUGAGCGACGCAUCCGCCAAGGUCCAGGUGCCAUGAAUCCGGAGGAGUUGCAAACGAAUUUCGAAAGACUUCAAACAAAUGUGAGAGAAGUGCAAGCGGAGGUGGUGGAACAUCAACGUCUGGAGAAGGAGAAAAGGGGGAAGGAAAGGAAAGCGGAAAGUCUCAAUGAAGAUUCUCUUAAUAUGGCACCCCCGAUAAAGCUCCGCAACGUCGGCAAUCUCCAAUCAGCCGUCCCGAAUGAUUUACUCAAUUCGUCCAACGGUAGUAGGCAGGUUCAUACGAAUGGAUUGGGUGAUAUUUACAGGGAUGGAAGUGAAAGUACUCCCACAAGUUUCCUGACCGAUGCUGGUUCCACUGAAACAAUAAACUUUCUAAUACAACGAAUACACGACAUGACACUCAAAGAAAUAGAGUCACACAUGGACUCUACUAGCUCUGAAAUUGAGCGAAGAUAUUGCGAACGGGAGAUUAAAUUACGUUUCAUUGCAUAUAAGGACUUCAAAGGCGGUAAACGUUCGUCCACGCUGCUGCAAAAUGGUCGGGAUGGGCGCUCGCACUAA